CCAGCCCCUGUCACCCCCUGUGCCUCUCCCGCAUCUCCCUGGGCUGUUCUUCCCGGUGGCUUGGGAGCUCUGGGAAGCUCCAUCCCUCUCCCAGCGUCAGCCCACUCUGCAGGGAGGUGACAAACCCGAGCUGAGGGGGGAGUUCCGUGGAAAACAGAUGAGCAAAUGCCCAGUUGUUUUCCUGGAGAGCCGAUUUCCCAAGGCAGCCGGGGCACACGGCCGGCUCCUCUCGUCCUGUUCCCAGCCCUCGCACGCGGCUGUUUCCCCAUCCCACCCAGGCCGUCCCUCCCUAGCACAGCCCCCUGGAAUGUCAGCUGGACAUUCCGGGCUCCUGCCAGCGCCGACGCACUCGGGCCAUGCCCAAACGUUCCCUCAUUCCUCCCUCUGGAGCUGCAGCGAGAAGCAGCGAGAAGCCCGGCCCAGGCAGCCCCCGGCGGACACCUGCAGCCCCAGAUUCCAUUAGUGAAAGGCCAGCGUGGAGGAAAACCCAGCGUGGGGGGAACACCAGAGCGGGUGAAAAGCGGCCCAGCCCUGCCCGUGCCAGCCCGUGUUUCCCAGCUCCGUGUGCUGCUGCUGCUGAAGGGUUUGGAGCCCCCCGGGCUGUGCCUGGCACCAUGGUGGGUCAGAGCCCUCUGGGCCCUGCCGAGCCCAGGGCCGCUGUGCUCCUGCAGCCCUUCGUGCACCAGGUUGGUGGCCACACCAGCAUGCUGACCUACGACGAGCACACCGUCUGCAAGCCCCUGGUGUCGCAGGAGCUGAGCUUCUACGAGUCCCUGCCGCUGGCCAUGAGGCAGUUCACGCCUCAGUACAAAGGCAUUGUGUCCGUGCACCUCAAGAAGGACAGCCUGGGCAACCUGACCCUGAUUGCGAGCCCUGGCCUGGGCCAGCCGGACAGCUGCAGCCGCCUGGACAGCGCCGGCGGGGACCCCGCCGUCACCUUGUGGCACAAAUGCAAGUGGAGCCACUCCCAGGUCACCAAGACCUUCAAAGACAGCUGCCCUGGCAAGAUGCUUUUGAGGACAGACCUUCAGUACCACACAGAUUCCCUUCUGGAGGAUGCAAAUGGGAAGCAGCCAGAAAGGAAGAGCUACAACCCCUGGGGACUGCACUGUCACCGGCAGCACCUGAACCGCAUGUCCUCCAAGCACAACGAGAACAAACUUCAUCAGUUUCUCCUGCUGGAAAACGUGGUGUCCAAGUACAGCUACCCCUGCAUCCUGGACCUGAAGAUGGGCACUCGGCAGCACGGGGACGACGCCUCGGAGGAGAAGAAAGCCCGGCACAUCAAGAAGUGUGAGCAGAGCACCUCGGCGUCGCUGGGCGUGCGCAUCUGUGGGAUGCAGGUUUACCAGGCAGACACCGGCCAUUUCUUGUGCAAAGACAAAUACUACGGGAGGAAGCUCUCCCCGGAGGGAUUCCGGCAGACCCUGCGGCAGUUCCUGUGCAACGGGAACCAGCUGAGGACCGACCUGCUGGAGCCCAUCAUCCUGCGGCUCAAGGCCCUGCUGGCGGUGAUCAGGAAGCAAAGCUCCUACAGGUUCUACUCCAGCUCCCUCCUCAUCAUUUACGACGGGCAGGAGCACAAGGAGAGUGCGGAUCAACACCUCCCCUUCCCAAAAACUCACGGCACGAACCCCUGCAGGGUGGAUGUGAGGAUGAUAGACUUUGCCCACACCACCUUCAAAGGCUCCAAGAGCAACCCCAACCCCACCCCGUACGAUGGGCCGGACCACGGCUACAUUUUUGGCUUGGAGAACCUAAUCAAAAUCCUUCAGAGCCUGUUGGAAGGGAAGUGAGAAUUUCUGUGAAACGGCCUGGAUUUCCUAAUGACUGAUAGCCCUGAAAAUCCCGCCUGGGGUCGGCUGCGUGGGACCCUCCGGCCGCUGGACGUGGCACGGAACGAGCGCAGAUCAGUCGGGAAGUGCUGGAAAUUUUCCGUGCGCCGUCACUGAACUGAAGCGUGGAAAGCAGAGAGCUGGAAGAAUCUGCUCUCUCUGCCAUCCGUCAGAAGAUUUAUUUUCCUUUCUGGUUUGACUGCUGUCCUUGAUUUAUUUGUGAGCCAAAGAAAGUGUUACUUGGGAAGAGUCUUAAUGAUGAACCAGGAGAUGCUCGCCCCGCAGCCGAGCGGGAGGAGGGGGUUUGAGGCAGGGAUGAACAGAUGGAGCUUCCAUUUGGAGCUUCCCUUCCUGCUCCUGCUCAGGUGGGAGGGAAAAACACCCUCCAACAUUGCCAGUGCCCCUGGUCGGGAUUCUCACAAGUUCAGACCAAGAGCUGCACCUCACCGAGCUUUAACAUCCCAGGGAAUUUUCCCCGGAUUUUCUAGGAAAGAGGCUCCACUGGGGCUGGAGGUGUGGGAAUGCGAUGACUCUGUCAGGUAUCAGCCACCAAAAACAUUCACUCACACCAAGGGAUUUUUGCUUAAAAAAAAAAAAACCAAGAAGAAGAGAAAAAUACAGUGUGAGAUUGAGUCAGGGACUGGACGUCAAAGGUCACCCAGAAAUUCUUUGAUACAAAUACUGUCUGUGUGUGUGUGUGUGUAUGUGUGCGUGUGUGUUUGAAGGAGACAGUAACAAAAGACUCUAAAAAGAAUGUUUACAGCUUUUGUGGACAGAUUUUAUUCUUAUGAUGGAACAAACACAAUUCCUUCCUGCAUGGUGUGGGAAAUCUGAAGGAGAAGUCCUUGCACAAGGAACAGAGCUACAGAACUCCACUACUGGGGAGAGGGGAUACAAAUAAAAUUGUAGAAGUAACUCCCACUGUUGUCCAUCUCUUUUUCCCCUCCUGCAGCAUCCUUGAGGUACGUUAUCCUUUGUUUAAGCCCACCAUUUUUUAAGAGAGCUGUUCUUGCCACGGGUUUAAACACCAGAUCCCAAGGGAGAGGCUUCACUUGGAUUUACAGCAGAAGGCUGGGGAGCUGCUGAAAUUUAUAGCUGGAAAAUUUAAGACGUCUGGCCCAGCUGUGUGUUUUGCUUGGCCUGGAGUCCACCUGGGAAGACUCUUGUUCACAGCGUUGGGUUAUUGCUUGACCACAAACUGUAAAAAAAAAAAAAUCCACAAGCACUCAAUUUCCCCUAGGGGUUGAGCCACAGAUUGUCCUGGCUCACAGCAGAAGUCUGUGAUAAGACUUUGUGGCUUUGUGGCCGAGUUUGUACAGAGCCACCUGAGCAGUCUCAGGGUGCACAGCAGGAUGGAUGAGAAGAGUCUGGGUGUGACACCACAGCCAGAGCACCUCGCUGGGCAGCCCCUCACUCUUCAUCGCUCCACAGAAAACAACCUGUUGGCUAAAUAAUUAGAAAAUC